AUGCCGGCAAGAGUGAAAAAAAGCCCCGAAACUGAAGAAAGGGAUGACAGAACAGAGGAGAAGGAGCCAAAGGUGAAAGGAAAGAGUCGGACCUCUGCCAGCCCAGACGCACCGGACAGUGAGAAGAGAAGAAAAAGACCCAAGGGCACAGCAGACGAUGGAGAGGAGAAGAGUAAGAAAGUGCAGAAAAAGAAGGGAGGAACAGAUGAGAAGGUAAAGAAGAAAAAGAAAGGAGAGGAAGACGUGACGGAGGAUGCUGAGGCAGUAGAUGGAGAAGAGGAUGGUGAUGAGCAGAACAACAAUGAGCCAGUCAAAAAGGAAAAGCAGAAAAAAGAGAAACCUCCAGCAGUGGAAGAUGGUGAGGAGGUGAAAAAAGAGAAAGAGAAAAAGAAGAAGAAGAAGAAGAAAGAGGCAGAAAGUGAGGUGGCAGCAGGAGCCGAAGAAGGAGAAGAGGACGACAUGGAAAAGAAGAGUAAAGACGGAAAAAAGAAGAAGAAGUCUGCUGAAGAGGCCGAGGAGGACGAGGAAAAAGGUGGUUACCAGUUCUCGCUCACCUUUGGAGCAAUCAGGUUUCUUCCCGUUUUAAAGCACUUCCUAAUGGGGCAGAGACACAAAGUGUAUGAGGUGGUGACAGUAACAGGCGAUGUGAAAGCAGCAGGAACCGAUGCUAAUGUUUUUGUCACCUUGUACGGAGAGUAUGGUGUUACACCGAAGGUUCUCCUCGCCAGCAAGAUUGAGCAUGAUAACACAGGAAUGAGUGCCAGGUGGUAUCUGGAUAGAGUCACGUUGCUGGACAUGAACAGGCCACACCUUCGCCUUUUCUUUGCCUGCAGCCGUUGGCUGGCCCGGGAUGUGGGGGAUGGACUUACCGUGAGAUACCUCCUGGGCAGCCUUAAUCCUAUGAACAUCCCUAAACAAAACAAGUACAUUAUCAGCGUGUUUACACUGGAUGUCAAAGGUAGCGGAACAGAUGCAGAUGUUUAUCUGACCAUCUUUGGAGAGCAUGGAGAUACUGGAGAGAGGAAACUUGUGAGUGAAGGGAAGGAUACUUUUGAGAGGGGAAAUGAGGAUAAAUUCACCAUUGAGAAUCCAAACCUGGGCAGACUGACAAAAAUCACCAUUGGACACAACAACAAGGGCUCCUCAGCAGGCUGGGGCUGUGAUAAGGUGGUCAUAGAUGAUUUGGGUAAUAAGGAGGUGUAUCAGUUUCCUGUCGAUGCUUGGUUUGACAUAGCCGAAGGUGAUGGGAAGAUACAGAGAGAUGUGGCAGUAGGAGCUAUGCAACCGAUGGCGAUGGUGUAUAACGUCCAGGUGAUGACUGGAGAUAUUCGAGGUGCUGGCACCAACUCCAAGAUCCAUUUGGUGAUGCACGGCCAGAAGGGCAUCAAAAACAGCGGGAAGAUGUUUUUGGAAGGUGGAACAUUCGAGCGCGCUCAGAUUGACAUCUUUAAUGUUGAGAUUAUGGAUCUGAUCAGUCCACUCAGCAGAGUCACCAUCGGCCACGACAAUGCCGGAAUCAGCUGUGGCUGGUACUGCGAGAAGGUGACAGUGUAUUGCCCUUUUACAGGGAUACAGCAGGUUUUCCCAUGUCGCCGCUGGUUGGAUGAAGACGAUGGAGAUGGUUUGGUAGAGAGGGAGCUGUACGAAAUGGUCUCGUUGCGCAAACGCAAACUGAAGAGUGAGAUAUUUGUCCGUCUGCCAUGCGCUUUUCUAUCACCCACCCGCCCGUUUCCUUUCAAUGAUCUUCUCUCGCCCAAGUCCUGCACCAACAUACCUCACUGUAACGCUAAUGUAAUGGUUCCCUAUUUAUCCCUAUUUUUCACAUUGGGGUUUGUUUGUUUUUUUCCACCUCAAACACAUGUAACAGUUUUAUUUAAUUUAGGUUAUGUUUUGAGCUUCUAUUCAGUUUUCAUGCGAAUAGAUAGAAAAAAAGAUCCACUACGAACAAGGGAACAUCAGCAUGAGUACCCAUGGUCACUGUGGAUCUUUACAUCGGAAACAAAAGGAGCAGGUACAGAUGCACAGAUAUUUAUACAAGUGUAUGGGGAAAAGGGCAAAAGCGACGAAAUGAAGCUGGAGAGCAAAUCAGACAGCUUCGAGCAGGGCCAGUGUGACAAGUUCAUGAUCUUGAUGCCUGAGAUUGGGAAGAUAAGGAAGUUGCGAAUUUGGCACGAGAAGAGACACCCGUUCUCCGGCUGGCACCUAGGCAGAGUUACCUUAAUGAAGACCAUGACCAGAGAGAAAUAUAACUUUGCCUGUAAUCGCUGGCUGGACAUCAACGAGGAUGACCAGGAGAUCAUCAGAGAACUGCCAGCUACAGGAGUCCAUGUUCCAGACCCACUGCCAUUGGUGAAGUAUCGAGUCACUAUCUGCACAGGGAACGUAACUGGCAGCGGGACGGACGCGAGUGUGUAUAUGAGCUUGGUUGGAGACCUGGGGGACACGGGAGAGAGGUUCAUGUUUAUGAGCAAAACCAAUGUCAACAAGUUUGAGAAGGGCAACGCAGAUGAGUUUAUGAUAGAGGCUGUAUCACUUGGGACCCUCAGGAGGCUGAGGAUCGGUCAUGAUGGCCGGGGUGGAGGUUGUGGUUGGUUCCUGGAUAAAGUGUUGAUCAGAGAGGAGGGACAACCCGAGUCCACCAGUGUGGAGUUUCCCUGUAACAGGCGGGUCAAGCAUCCAAUCACAUGAAAAGCUAUGAGAGUCCCACACAA